AUGCUGCGAAAUUCCAUGUCAAAUAGAAAAAAACACGAGGAUGAUCAAAAGUAUCUUUCAAGCAACCUGGCAGCGUCUUCUCGUUUGGGGAAUCAUAUUUUUGAGCUUUCUGCACUUUUAGCAAUGUCAAGAAAACUGAAAAGGAAACCAGCAUUUUUUAUUCAAGACCACUAUCACGAUCAAAUGCUGAAUGACACGGAUGUUUUGAUUCCAGGACUGGUUGAUCACUUUUUGAUAAUUAACCAGACACUGCCAGCCUCGAUAUUCCCUGUUGAAUUCAAUAUGAAAUGCUGCAUAUUCGACAAUCCAGAAAGAUUAAUGAACAAUACUGACCAGUACUUGCAUAUCAAAGGAAUGCAUUUUCAGGUUCUUAAAAAUGAAGCGUAUAUCUCAAAAGACUCGCCAUCGGAUAGUCUUCUCUACUCACGAUAUCACUGUGAUGUGGUCUUAUUCUCAGCUCCUCACUCAACAUUCGGUUGGUGGAUGGGAUAUUUUUCAAAAGGAAAUCAAGUUUAUUACACAGAUAUCAAGUAUACAAAUGACACCAGUAUACCGCAAGGACUUUUCAACCCGGACGAUUAUUUUCCACCUCAUUGGACACCUGUUAAAUAUGACAAUAUGGAUAAUGCAACUGUUAUUGAAACUUUGUAG